AUGUCCCGCCAGCCAAAACUGCGACCCAAGUCGCAUAUUCCGGGCUUCCCAGACGCCAUCUACAAUCUUGCUGCAGUCUCAUCCCUCGCGCAGCUGGAGUCUCGCGCAGGGUUGGGAGAGGAGAAGCACGACCAGCGCGUCUUUCGGGUCAAGCGCAAGCAUGUCCUGAAGGCGUGCGAUCGCUGCAGGGUCAAGAAGACCAAGUGUGAUGGGAAGCAACCAUGCAACCGCUGUUCUGCGUACAAUCACCCUUGCCUCUUCCGCGAAAGAAAGGCGACGCAAACGAAGGUGUACUCUCGAGGAUUCGUCGAAAUGCUGGAAUCGCAUCAUUCGCUGGUCGUGAAAGCCCUCCAAAGGCUCUACAAAUUAUGUGUCGACAAGGAAGGAUUUCCUGGAGAGCCUUUGGCGGAGGGCUCGGAUGGCCAUCCUCUGACGCACACUAUCCUGGAUCGACUGGGGUUGAUCAAGCAGGCUGAGGAGAACCCGGAUGAGCCGGACGAGGACUCGGAGGACCUGCAGUACUUGCGGUUUCUGUCCACCUCUACUGACUGCAGUGCUACGACCGAUCCCUCCCCCGAACCUGCCACUCCCCCGGAUCCUUCUCCCAGCAACUGCAGCCCCAUCGUCCCCUCCCUCAAGGGGAAUGAUCCCUGGAAAUGGGAAGAGCUGCAGCCAGUUCAGCCCCUUCACUCUGGCCCAUACCACGGCUACCCCCACCCGGGGUACCAGGCGAUGGCCAUGCCUCGACCGACCUUGGAAACCGGUCUUGUGGGCGAGGCCAAAUGCCCAGAACUCGGGCCUUCGAUGACUGAUCACGGGCAUCCCAUCUACUACUACAUGGGUGCCAGCUGUAAUGAGGGGGCCCCGAAGAGCCGCCUUGUCCCCGGCGUGACAACCGGGCCAGGAUCGCAGCACCCUGCGACGGCCUCUGCGUUCCCCGUCAUGAUGGGCGACUAUAACUUACAUAUACAAGACCAUCAGCCCAUCUAUCCGGCUCUUCCAUCUGGUUGGGCGUACCCGUACGGGUAG